GAUGAUAAAAUCGAAAUUAAUUUUCUACACUAUUGUCUUUAUUCUUUUUUCAAUUGGUCUCUCUACUGCUAAAACCUGGAAAUGGGAUUCUAGCAUAGGUUCAUCAAGUUGUCAAAAUUGGUGUUCUGGUUAUAAUUCUUAUAAUUACGUUCCAAAUUGUGGAUGUUUUUGUGCUACUUCAAAAUAUAGAAAAACUACUAACAUGAAUUCCUAUUCACAAUGUCAAAGUUUUUGUGUUGGUUUUAGUACUAUAAAACAAUGUCGAAGUGGUUUUUGUUUUUGUGGUAAUAGAUGA